GUUUCAAUGAUGGCGGCGCCCAUGUAGGAGCAUGGUUUUAUACUCAGUUAAAGUAUAAAUAAGCUUAAGUUUUGUGUUUACCGAGAUAUUUUACGGAAUGUUGACAGUAAUCGUUUACUUAACAUAGCACGUGGUUUAAAAGCUGCUCUAUUAAGUGCUGUUUGGAUUUGAAAGAUUAUCUUUGAAUUUGUUUUACUUUGCACUUGCCUGGACGUAAAAUGAAGAGGAAGCCUCAAGGCAAGCGCAGAGUAAAAAGAGAUUUCAGCAAACUGCAAAAGUGUAAGUUAUCCGUUGAGCAGUUUUUACAAAAGGAAGAUAACUCCACGGAGACCGGGGAAGGGGAGGGUGGUUGCCAUGGGAGCACGCUGUUCAGUGUUAAGAGGAAACGUAGGAAGGAAUUAAGGAAAGAAAAAAGAAAAAACAAGAAGGCUAAAAUGAAAGAGUAUUAUGAGGGGAAGCUUUUCAAAGCAAGCCCCGGCGUUACUGUUACAAUGGUACAAAAUAACAAAAAGCCAACGAAACCAAAUGAAGAAGCAGCCGAAUCUUCUGAGCCACAAGAAAACACUGCUGAUCCAAAACAGAAGAAACAAAAAACACACCAUGCAACAGGGGGAAGCAAACAAACACUAAAUUCACAGCAAGGAUCAAAGAAAAUAAGCAGCAGUACCGCCGGCGAUUCGCGGCAGGGGUCAGUGAAAAUAACUAGCAGCAACACUGCGCAGGAAGCAGCGUUCAAGAAACUAAGCAAGCAGCAACAAGUGAGGAAACGGGCGCUGCUGGAAGCUAAUGUUGAAGAAGAGAAAGAAAUCAAAAGGUUAGAGAAAUACUUGGGGAUGAACAAACGUAAGAAUAAAACCACCCUGCCCCAGUCUUUCACUGCGGAUGGACUGGAUUAUAUUUUGGGCAUUCUCGAACCCGGAGCCUCCGCGUCGGGGCUGUACGAGAGCGACGAGGAUAUGGACAUGACCAAGGAGAGGCUGGAACAGCUCGGCGGGAGUGAAUCUGAGUUGUCUGAAGAUUCUCAACAGGAGGAGGGAUCGUCAGACGAGGAUGAGCAGGACAGCGGUGAAUAUGUUGAAGAGAUGGAGGUCAUUGAAGAGGAGGAAUGUGAUGAAGUACUGGACCAGGAUGGUGGAAAUGAGGAGGAUACAGUUAUUGAGGGAGGAGAGGCAGAGAAUACAGUAGAGGAGCCUGGAGGCAAUACAAACGAAAAGGGCUCGGAAGAAGGCAGCACUAAAUACAUCCCACCUCACCAGAGGGAGUCUGCAGAGACUGACGAUGCCAAGAGGAGACAGGAGCUGGAGAGACUAGGAAGGAAUGUGAAAGGACUCCUAAACAGACUAACGGAGCACAACAUGGCAUCUAUAAGCAGCCAGUUGGAGGAGCUGUACAUGAGCCGCAGUCGAAAGGACAUGAAUGAUACUGUGACAGACAUCCUGCUGGCGGCCUGUGUCACUCCUGCCCUAAUGCCAGACCGCUUGCUGCUGGAGCAUGUCCUGUUGGUCAGCAUUCUCCAUCACACAGUGGGACUGGAGGUUGGUGCCCACUUUCUGGAAAAAGUGGUUCGUAAGUUUGAAGAACAUUACCAGGUUGGCAGUGAAGGUAAAGAGUGUGACAACCUCAUUGCCAUAAUCGCACACCUGUACAACUUCCACGUGGUGCACUCUCUGCUCAUCUUUGAUAUUCUGAAGAAGCUCGCAAAGGCUUUUAUGGAAAAGGACAUCGAGCUGAUUCUGUUUUUACUGAAAAACGUUGGAUUUUUAUUAAGAAAAGAUGAUGCAGUGUCACUGAAGGAGCUGAUCUCUGAAGCACAGAGCAAGGCCAACGCUAUGGGAACAAAGCUCCAAGAUCAGACCAGGAUGCGGUUCAUGUUGGAGACCAUGCUUGCACUCAAGAACAACGACAUGAGAAAAAUCCCAGGCUACGAUCCGGAGCCAGUGGAUAGACUGAGGAAACUACAGCGGACACUGAUCCAUAGCAGUGCCAGUGGCAGCGAUGUCUGUCUGCGGGUCUCUCUGGAGAACCUGCUGGCUGCAGACCAGGUGGGGCGCUGGUGGAUUGUCGGGUCCUCCUGGAGCGGAGCGCCAAUGAUUGGCAGCAGCACACAACAGAAGCAGCCUACAGGCCAGGUAAGCUCUAAGAUUUUGGAGCUUGCUCGUAAACAGAGAAUGAAUACUGAUAUAAGAAGAAACGUUUUCUGUGUCCUGAUGACCAGUGAGGAUUUCCUUGAUGCCUUUGAAAAACUGAUCAGGCUUGGUCUGAAGGAUCAACAAGAGAGAGAUAUUGUGCAUGUUCUCAUGGACUGCUGUCUGCAAGAGAAGGGCUUUAACCCUUUCUAUGCUGUCUUGGGGGAGAGGUUUUGUGAAUAUGACAGGCGAUUUCAGAUGACUUUUCAGUUCAGCAUGUGGGACAAAUUCCGUGAUCUGGCAAACCUGUCCAGCACCUCCUUCAGCAACCUGGUUCAUCUCCUGGUGCAUCUGCUAAAGAAGAAGUCUCUUUCACUCUCCGUCUUGAAGGUUAUCGAGUUCAGUGAACUGGAUAAGCCUAAAGUCCGGUUCCUGCGCCAACUGCUGAGUAAACUUCUAUGUGAAACGGAACCAGAGGAGCUGAAAGACAUUUUUGGGAGGAUUUCAGGAAUUCCAAAGCUCGGAAUGCUGCGGGAAGGCUUGAAGCUUUUCAUCACUCACUUUUUACUGAAGAAUGCUUUGAGCCUGGGAACAGCUGAGCAAGCAAUCCUGCUGAAAGAAAGGGCUGGCGUGGCAGAGCAGGGCUUGCAAGUGAAGGAUGCAAAGCUGAAACUGUAAGGAGGAGGAAUCUUAAACACACCAAGAAUGUGUCGACAACAUUCAGGAAAAUACUAAGCAACAAUGUUGCUUUCAUUGGUAAAAUAAGGCACUGCCUGUUUAAAUGGUACAACUGGCCCAACCACCAGGUGGUGUACUGUACAUGGAUUUACAGUCAUUUAUAUAAAAAUAAUGUUUUGGUUUUUAUCCCUUGUCUUUCAUAUUCUUUUUGAUUCAUUAAAAAAUGUGGUUACUGCUAUAAUGCUCCAAAACAUGUAAAGUAGUGUGCACAUGUAUUAGAACACGCCAUCAUCGCUUCUGUUUUGAUUUGUUGUGAUUAUUAAAUCUAACCACUGGAACUGAAAAUCUUGGGAAAAUUGUCAAAAUAGGCAAAUUAGUGAUUGUCUAGUUUAAUUGGUGACUUUAAUAGACCACACAUGCAAUUAAUUUUAAAUAGUAAGAAAAAAGGAACACAGCCACAAAUGGUAAAAUGCAUGAGACUUUUUAGAAGUUGAUUAAGAUGCCUAAUUAAAGCACAAAGUUGUCUAGCGUUAUAAAGGAUAAGUGACAAAUCUUGAGGUGUUCUAGUAAAUUUGCAAUAUACUGUGUGUGUAUGUAUGUAUGUGUAUGUGUAUAUAUAUAUAUAUAUAUAUAUAUAUAUAUAUAUAUAAUUGGCGUGUGUGUGUAUAUAAUUAUUUGUUUCCCCUUUGUCUUCCAUGUUUGUUUCAAUUGAUUUUAAAAUGUGGUUAGGACUGUACAGGAAUGUGUACCCCCCCCCCCCCGUCCAUACCGCACACACAUUAGCCGUCCUAGCACAACAGCGUACACAAAUUUAGGGACCUCAUUGUGGAAGAGCUCAGGCUUGUGGCUGGGCAAUGAAGAAGUGCUUGUCUGAAUCUGAUGAAACUAUACAAGUUAUUUAAUUAAAUUAAAAACAGUCUAAUACAAAAUGUAAUAAAACUGAAAUUAAGAGACAAAAAAAAUGUGGUUGUAAUUGUAAAUUUAGAAAAACGAAGAUAAAAAGCUAGUUUGGUAAAAUGGAACAAUUAAGAGAGUAAAACAAUUAUUUAUUUUUUAAAUUGGAAUAACGAGAACUUGUUCUGUUCACCAACUGAAAGAGAUAUCCGUCAUUGCAGGUGUGAGUUGGUA